AUGAUACGUAUCUUCUUCCUCUUCCUGUCCCUGGCUCAGCUGGUAUCCCCAUUUGGCAAGGUUUCAGGUGUUGGCAUUAACUAUGGCACGCUAGGAAACAAUCUGCCAUCACCAAAAAGAGUGGCUCAGUUGCUUCAAUCCACUCUCAUUGAUAAAGUCAAGAUUUACGACACCAAUCCAGACAUCCUUGAAGCCUUCUCCAACACCGGGAUCGAUCUCAUUGUUGCUGUGGAGAACUACCAUGUUUCCAACAUAAGCUCCAGUGUUCCAGCUGCUGAUGACUGGUUUGCAGCCCGCAUUGUGCCUUUCAUACCAGCCACCUCCAUUGUUGCAAUCGCGGUAGGUAAUGAGUACUUGACUAAUGAUGAUGAUGAUGCUAAGUUAGAUCACAAUGCUUUGGUUAAAGCCAUGCAAAACUUGCACCAGAUUUUAGUCUCGCGCGGGCUGGAUCGGAAAAUCAAGGUUACAACUCCUCACAGCAUGGCAGUCCUUGCUUCUUCGUUUCCUCCUUCUUCGUCCACCUUUGCUGCCACCCUCCUCCCGACAAUGACAGAAAUUGUGGGUUUCUUGGCAGAUACUGGGGCGCCAUUUAUGGUGAAUGCAUAUCCUUAUUUUGCAUACAGGGAUAACCCUGGAAUGGUGAACAUUCAGUAUGCAUUAUUGGGCAAUGCCACAGGAGUUCGUGACCCCAAGGGCUACACUUACACCAACAUGCUAGAUGCUCAGAUAGAUGCUGUUCGCUCUGCAAUUGUUGCCUUGGGAUUUGGCAAUCGCACUGUUGAGAUUACUGUUUCUGAAUCUGGGUGGCCAUCCAAGGGCGAGGCAGGGGAAACUGCAGCCACGCCUGACAAUGCAAAAACAUAUGUUUCCAGGCUCAUUGAGCGCGCUCAGUCCAGUAAAGGGACCCCUAUGAAACCCAAUGAGAAAGUAGAAAUCUUUGUAUUCUCCCUGUUCAAUGAAAACAAGAAGCAAGGAGGAGCUAGUGAGAGGAAUUUCGGGAUGUUCAACUCAGACGGAUCUCAAGUUUAUGAAGUUGAUUUAAGCUGUCAAUUUUGCAGCAAGAAUGGGGAUGAUAAUAAGAUGGGAUUUGGAGAAAAAGUGUCUGGAGGCAUUGUUAGAGGUCCAUCGGUAUGGUGUGUGGCCAAACCCCAUGCUGAUGAGAAAGUGAUUCAGGCUGUCCUGGAUUUCUGUUGUGGACCUGGUGGUGUGGAUUGUAGGGAGAUUUAUGAGAGAGGUGACUGCUAUCAGCCUGAUAAGCUUCAUGCUCACGCAUCGUACGCCAUGAAUGCAUAUUACCAGAUGCAUGGUAGAAACUACUGGAAUUGUGACUUCAAAUCCACUGGACUCGUUACAUUCAGCGACCCAAGCUAUGGCAAAUGCAGAUACUCCCAACAGUGA